CUUCGCCACCGACACCCAGGCCUCUAUUGCCUGCGCCGACGCCGGGAUCACCACAUACCCAAAGACAAACUCCUGGAAGGAAGGCACUGACUGCUGCGCCAAAUGGGACGGCGUCCAGUGCGAAAACCAGACCGGAAAUGUGAUUGGCCUUGAUCUCAGCUGCAGCUGGCUCCAAGGUGAUGUCCAUUCCAACAGCACCCUUUUCUCCCUCCAACACUCUCAACCUGGCCUACAACGACCUCCAGCAAUCCCAGCUCCUGCCUCUUUAUGCUUCCUUCUCUUCCAGCUUGACCCAUCUUAACCUUUCUUCCAGUAACAUGAUUGGGGAAAUACCCGUUGAGCUCUCUGGCUUGUCCGGGUUGGUUAAAGACUUGGUUAUGCUGGACUUGAGUUUCAACAAUGGGUUGAGACUCGAAUCCUCCGUGUGGGCGGCUCUCGUUCAGAAGAUGACCCGGUUGAGAGAAGUGGGGUUGGACCGUGUUCGUAUGGUCUCGAUUGAACCCAGCACCGCCUUUUCCGGAUUCUCGCCCGCUCUCACGACACUCACCCUUAACCAAUGUGAUCUGAAGGGCGAGUUCCCGGCGAGUGUCAUGGGCUUGCCUAACCUUCAAAAACUCGUGCUCUCGGAGAAUGGGGAGCUCACGGGGGGACUUCUCAAACACAGUAUGGAGCAAUUCACUCAAGCAUCUCGACAUCCAGUUCACCAAAAUUGCAGGGAAAUUGCCAAACUCAAUCGGCAAUCUCAAGUCGCUGCGGCAUUUGGAUGUUGGAGGCUGCCGCUUCAGUGGGUCCAUUCCAGCUUCCUUGGGGAACCUCACGGAGCUGAGGUUUCUGAGUCUGAUAACUAAUGAUUUCAAUGGUCCGAUCUUGACCAGCUAACCGUCUUUGCUCUCUCUGAAAACCGCCUCACGGGGAGAAUUCCAAAUAUGUUUGGGAGAAUGAGUAAUUCUCAAAGAUUCCUUCUUCUACAAGAUGGGCUUCAUCAUAUAAGGUUCUCACUCUAUUUAUUUUUCUAAAAUUUUCAGUAUUUAAAUUUUAUUUCUUUCACUGUUUUUCUAUCCGAUAUUUAAUUUGUAGAUUCUGUAUUCUAGUUUCAAAACUAUGGUUAAUUGCUACGUUUUUUGUUUGAGGAAUCCUGCGGCACCUUGUGGGCGAUUUGCGAGUUCUCUGCAUUUAGGGUUAGAGGGAGUUGUGUUGUGCAGGAGUAGAGGUUAAUGAAGAAUUGCUUUGUCCCUCAAGAACAAUUCAAUCAUACUUAUAAAGAAGGAGGUCCUUGGCUUCCUAGUUGAAGGAUCACAGAUCAAAAUCAGGGCUAUUGUGGAAAGAGGAGCUGGAAUCUGCUGCUGUGGCUACCAGUCGCCUCUUCUCCGGAAAACAUUCAUUUUCGAUUUCCAGUUGAUGGGUGUAUUUAACCCAAGACCGGUCAAAGCAGAAGGCCGAAUCUUUGAUCGGUCAAUCUCGAAAGUUUUGGAAGGGAGACUUAAAUCGUCAGCAAAACGAUAUAUCGUCGGCCAAAAUAUGACCGGUACACUUCACAAAAAGUAUACCGGUCAAACUACGUUGUCAUCCUAUUUGUUCCAGACUUCGAUAAAUUCAUCCCUCGGAGAUUACUCGGUGUAGUUUCUGGGGUUGGAAAGUGUCGGCAGAAGAGGAUCUGCGAGGGUUUGGCGUGUAGCGACCCGUGUCAGUAGAGGACAACUGGAGAUGCUGAAGAAUCCAUCCAAGGCGCUACUCGACAAAGGUAAUGAUCCCCCUCACAAGGCGACAAGGCAGCUCGAGGACGAAACCAGUCACCUCGCACCACAUCAGCAG